UAAUGAAGUAAUGAUUUUAGGAAUGAAUGAUGUGUUUGGUUGAGUGAAGUCACGUUGAUUUCAUGCAGAAACCCCUUAGCCGUAUCUAUGUAAACAGACACACGUUUAAGCCCAUCUAUCACUCUAUUUGCCAUUGAUAUUAACGUUAAACAUACAUACAUACACUUUCAUCUUCUCUUCUUUGUUUUUUCUAUAAACAUAUUACCACCACCAGCCGGCCACCAAUGAAGAUGAUGGCUGCAACUUCUACUACAUUCGUCGUUUCUCAGAUUGACUACCGACGUCUUGUUUCUCGACGCACUAAUGUUUCCUUUAGCCAUAGGCGCCGCAGUCUUUGUUCCUAUCCAACCCGUUGUGCAUCAAUGGAGUCCACACUGAAAACGAAGCAUCCAACAAGAAGACGAGUGGUUGUAACGGGAAUGGGCUUGGUAACUCCUAUUGGUCAAAAUCCGGAUGAAUAUUACAAUAAUCUGCUUGAAGGAGUCAGUGGCAUUAGCGAAAUUGAGUCUUUUGAUUGUUCAAACUAUCCAACUAGAAUAGCUGGAGAAAUAAAAAGAUUCUCUACGGACGGGUGGAUCGCGCCAAAGCUCUCCAAGCGGCUGGAUAAGUUCAUGCUCUAUAUGCUUGUUGCAGGCAAGAAAGCAGUGGCGGAUGGCGGCUUAACCGAAGGUGGUAUGGAGAAGAUUGAUAAAACUAGAUGUGGAGUUUUGAUUGGUUCUGGAAUGGGUGGGAUGAAGGUUGUGAGUGAUUCUAUUGAAGCUCUGAAGGUUUCAUAUAGAAAGAUGACUCCUUUCUGCGUACCGUUUUCGAGUACUAACAUGGGCUCAUCAUUGCUAGCCAUUGAUCUGGGUUGGAUGGGUCCAACUUAUUCUAUAUCUACCGCUUGUGCCACAAGUAACUUCUGCAUAUUGAAUGCUGCAAAUCACAUCAUCGAUGGUGAUGCUGACAUGAUGCUUUGUGGCGGCUCUGAAUCCGCCAUUAUACCAAUAGGAGUUGGAGGUUUUGUGGCAUGUAAAGCUUUAAGUGAGAGGAACGAUGAUCCUACCAAAGCUUCACGCCCAUGGGAUUCGGAUCGCGACGGAUUUGUUAUGGGAGAAGGAGCUGGUGUCUUGCUUUUGGAAGAACUUGAGCAUGCUAAAAAAAGAGAUGCUAAUAUUUAUGCAGAAGUGUUGGGUGGAAGCUUCAGUUCUGAUGCUUACCAUAUGACAAUGCCUCACCCUAAGGGUAGUGGUGUCAUAUUAUGCAUUGAGAAGGCGUUAUCUCAGUCGGGUGUGGCGAGGGAAGACGUGAACUAUAUUAAUGCUCAUGCUACAUCUACACCAGUAGGGGACAUUAAGGAAUAUCAAGCUAUUGUUCAUUGUUUUGGCCAGAACCAAGAGUUGAGGGUGAACUCUUCAAAAUCAAUGAUCGGCCACCUUAUGGGAGCCGCUGGUGCUGUGGAAGCUAUUGCAACAAUACAGGCGAUACGGACAGGUUGGGUACAUCCAAAUCUUAAUCUUGACCAUCCGGACAAAGAUGUGGACAUGAAUGUGUUGGUGGGCCAAAAGAAAGAAAGACUUGAUAUCAAGGUGGCCCUAUCCAACUCAUUUGGGUUUGGGGGUCACAACUCUUCAAUAUUAUUUGCACCCCUUCACUAGAUCUUGCAAUAAUGUAAAAAAAAAAUAUUAUUAUACUUUAUGAUCAAUUUUGUCAUCACACUUAAUUAAACCAUCUGAUCUACAUAAAUAGUUAAAUACAUUCUUUUAUUAUAUAGCAAGAUAAACAUAUAUAUAUAUAUAAAUAUAUCUAUAUAUCAAUUGAUGAUAAUUAUAUAAAUGAUAUUAUAUAAAUGA